AUGGGUUCCGAGCAAUCCUUGCCUCCAAAGAAACAGCCUCAAAGGCCACCAGUACGCCGCGGUCACACUAUAGCUACAUCAAAUCUUCCCGACAGCAGACGUCAGGAUUCUACGAGUGGUAAUAAUUCCCCCGGAGCUAGCAUGUGUUCUGAUUCUGAACUGCCGUACAUAUCAUACACAGUUGAUAGACCUAUCGGAGAUUCACCGAAAACAAAUAAGACUCAGAGAAUUCAAGACAAGAAAUCUUUGUUGCAAAGGAGGCAGUUGAGUUUGCAAGCGAGAAAAAAUAAGAGAACCAGGGAAAUAGUUGUUGUUAAGCCGGCAACAGACACACAACUGGACGAGGAUAUAAGAAGACUUCAGGAAAUCCCAACAUUUCUGCCGAUAAUGAGAGGAACUUUAGGCUUACCGGGCGCCAAGGAUCCCGAGGUACUAGAAGGUUUAGAUUCCCGUCCAUGGAUCAGAAUGUCUUCACGAAUCCAAGCUCAUUUGGCAGCCUGCGCCCAGCCUCUCGCCGCUGACGAGAUAAAUCUCGCUAAUAAAAUCAAAGAGGCGGAUACGGAAAUAACACGCUUGUAUACAGCGGCUGUUGAGAAACAGCGGAGCAACGCUAGACACGCGGAGAGGUUGUCCCGUGUUAGAGAACUACAUCAUCAACUAUCACGUUGUAACUCACUGUUGAACCAGACUCUUCAGGAUAUAGAGGAAUUAAAUCAAUUGUUACCAGAAAAUAAAAGAUUAGAGCCGUUUGUAUGGAAUGAAAAUAAAACGAGCACGUAA